AUGACGGGUGACAUCACGUUGCCAUCGGUCCCGUUCUCACACCACCCCUCCCAUCCCCAUCCCCCCAACACGCCAGGCUUUGAGCUGAGUGAGCAGUUCAAAAAGCUCAGUGAGGGGUUCACUGACGUGGGGCAGAUGAUGGGUGACGGGCAAGCCAUUGUCGCUCCUAUUCUUACACCUCCCUGCACUCCCCCCAUCCCUCACUCCCACCAGGCUCUGAGCAAUCAGAAGCACUGGGAGUUAAGUGAAGAAUUCAGCGACGUGGGGCUGAUGACGGGUGACGUCACCAUCUCCCCUGUCCUUGCCCCCUUUGUCCUCCCCGCUCCUCCCCCUUCCCUUCCCCACUCACGUCAGGCUCCGAGCAACCAGAAGUAUCGGGAUCUAAGCGAAGAAUUCAGCGACGUGGGGCUGAUGACGGGUGACGUCACCAUCGCCCUCAACGCUGCCUGCGUCGUCAUGACCACCGAGAUCCUCCGAUCCAUGCUCUACCCACUGAGGCUCACGUUUUCAGACAUCUCAAAACUCAAAAUCUUCGCUUUCUUCUCCUCUUCCUGGCCCUCUUCCCUCUACUCCUUCUUUCCCCCUCUUCCGCCCCACCCCUUCCCGACUCCCUUAGGCCCUGAGCAACCAGAAACCUGCUCCAAGCUGGACUUCCAUCCAAUGAUUACGUGCUCUGAGCUGGACUUCCAUCCCAUGAUCGUCUUCAGCUUCCGCCGCUGCGAGUCUGAGGCGUACGCGAUGCAGCUGAGCAAGCUGGACUUCAACAGCGAGGAGGAGAGCAAGAUGGUCAAGGAGGUGAGGAGCGGUGCAAGGAGGAUCUCCCAGGAGUGCGGCAUAUGCUCCCGCUGCGACAGAGGGGUGUGGGAGUGCACCACUCGGGGAUACUGCCCAUCCUCUGCUCGCUCACCCACUCCCCGUGUUGCUCCCAACCCCUCUUGCUCCUCAUUCAGGUGUUCAACAACGCUAUCUCUGUGCUGCCCACUGAAGACCAGGAUCCCCCAGCAGUGCGGCAGAUGUUCCCACUGCUACAGAGGAGCGUGGGAGUGCACCACUCACUCGGGGCUGCUGCCCAUCCUCAAGGAACUCAUCGAGAUUCUCUUUCAAGAGGGGCUUUUGAAAGUGUUGUUUGCCACUGAAACGGUGAGUGAGACUAUGGGUUGCUGGUGUGUUGCUGCAGCUGGUAACGAGUGGGUUGGGGAAGAGAGGGGCGUGGGAGUGCACCACUCAGGGCUGCUGCCCAUCCUCAAGGAACUUAUUGAGAUCCUUUUUCAAGAGGGACUCCUCAAAGUGCUCUUCGCUACUGAAACCGUGAGUCACUGA